AUGAAUCCCCUUACACCUUGGAACAGACCUCCAUUGAAGAAUGUCUUUUGCAUCUAUGGCAUAGAUUCAAAGACAGAGGUUGGGUAUUAUUUCGCUCCAAGUGGCAAGCCAUAUCCCGAUAAUUGGAUCAUAACUGAUGUCAUUUAUGAGCAUGAAGGAGGUCUGUUUUCAAGGUCAGGGAACUCGGUAGACGGGAAUCCAGGAGUUAAAAGUGGAGAUGACACGGUGCCAUAUCAUUCCCUGUCCUGGUGCAAGACUUGGCUUGGACCUAAAGUGAACAUUACAAGGGCUCCUCAGUCAGAGCAUGAUGGAUCUGAUGUACAAGAGGAUCUGAAUGUAGAGCAUCUCUAUGACACAGAUAUAGUUCCAAACAUGACAAGGACCCCUCGUGUGAAGUACAUAACAUAUUAUGAAGAUUCCGAAAGUCUUCCAGGAAAAAGAACAGCAGUUUGGGAGGUCGAUAAAGCAAGUCACAGGAACAUUGUUCGAUCUCCAGUUCUAAUGCGAGAGCUGUGGCUUCAGAUGUGGCAUGACAUUCAUCCCGAUGCAAAAUCAAAAUUUGUGACAAAAGCUAAACGAGGACCAUUGAGAAAUGAGGACUGUUAUUGGGAUUAUGGAAAAGCUCGGUGUGCCUGGCCUGAACACUGCGAAUAUAGGUAUCUUUUUGGGGAUGUUCAUCUGGGGCAGAGCUGUAGAUUGAAGAAUAGUUCAGCAGAUUCUCUUUUGCAUUAUCUAUAGAUAUAGAUUAUAAGUAUAUAUUCAACUUACCCUCUCUUCUGGGAACUCUCUUCUGUGGGCUCAGCCGGCUCAGAAAUCGUCUCGGGUACGUAUCAGACCAGUGAGCUUGUGACAUAUCGACAUAUUCCGACAUUAAAUACCUAUAGAUUGGACAGCAAGAUUCAUCCUCCUUCCACAGGUGUAAUUGUAUUUUCUGAUUUUCCUUUACUAGAGAGUAACGCUAAUGCCUGUGCAAAACUAGGGAGUCUACGUUUAUUGUAGUAUCAUUGUACAUACCUUAAUGUAAAUCGAGUUUUUUUUUUUUU